AUGGACAGCGGGGGACACUACCGCUGGGAUCAUGUGGAAUCGUAUGCGCCGCAGCUGACGCUGUAUCCGCCGCGUUCAAUGCCCGCCUGCCGCGCUAUGGCCGUCGUGCCGCUGCCCCCCGUGGUGUAUUAUGACCCCUAUACUGCGCGACUGCCGCCGUCGGUGAAUGCGACGCUGCUUGGCCCGCUAGAGCUUGAGAAGCCCGUGGGCUGGGCAAGACGGACACAGCGUUUCGCUUCAGUGGAAAAAGUCCCGCGCACAUGGUGGGAGGGCACGCAGGAGCACGACGCUGAGCGGCCGUGUGAGGGCGACGCAUGUGAGCAUACAGCCUUGCUGCUCGACUUUGGCAGUGCUGACCAUGUCUCCGUGCCGCUGCAUGUGCGGUACAUACCACCGAGGGCGUUCGAUGUUGACGAUGCGACAUGGCUCGACGCCCUGUCCUUACCCACGUGGCUACCUGAAGCCGCUCAGCAGGCGUGGCGGGCUCUUCGACCUAGCGUGAAGCGCGGCCUUCGCUCCGCUCGUGCAUGGCGCGCCCAGCACUACGCACGUGUACAUCUGCUGCCGGACGAGCCGCGCUUCUUUAGCGCCUGCCCCGAGCGCCAGCCGUGGGCCGACGCCGACGAACUCGACGCGUCCUUCUUUUGGCCCUCCACCCAUACUCACCUCCAAGCCUCGUUCGAGCGGCACACGGCGCCUUUGACGCUGUACGAGGCGCCCAGUGCGCCGCGCGCCGAGACGACGAGCACUGCGCGCAUCCCGAUCGGCGAUGCAUCCAUGGCGACGAUGGUGCAGCUGGCUACGUUCGGCGCGAUUUGCUUGGCUUCGUACAUGUUGUGUCAGUCUAUCUUUUGGGUGCGGCGCUCGGCUCGUUAG